AUGGCAGGAUUCUUCUCCAUCGUGGGCUACAGACUUUACAAGUUGAAGAGCCGUGGAGACAUGAAGAUGUCAGUGCACCUUAUCCACAUGCGUGUUAUGGCCCAAGGAUUCGUGGUGGGAGCUAUGACCAUUGGUAUGUACAGUAUUACAGGCUGUUGGACCCUGUUGACACCUGGGGGCUGUUCCAGAAAGCAUGAUCAAUAAGUAAGCCAGGUAGCUAACUGUCCCACAUUUUUUUGAGAAAUAUAGAUUUUAAAUAAUUGACUCGACAACCAACAACCCAUAUUCAAGUUAAGCGUUCUAAAUCAUUUAGAAAAUCAAACGCUAUAUUUAUCAAAGUUUGCUUGGUAACGUAAUGAUCCUGCUUUCUGGAACACCCCACUGGUAUUACACUUGAAAUCUGUAUUUGAUCAAAUACCUUUGUGUCCACACAUGACAUUUAAAUGUGUCAAGUGUCAACAUUGUGAUCAGAUGAGGUUGUAAUGUUAUUUAACGUUGCAGCCACCAGUUUUCUGGCACACGCCAAAUUGAAAUAUUUUAGCACAGUGUUGUGGGGUUGCUGGCGAAAUGUCUGUCCCAAAACAGAUUUGGAUACUGAUCAGAUCUCACAGGAUGUGGAAACAGAGCUAUUUUGAUUUUAAAAAAAAUUCUAGGUGUAAACAAGUCUUAAAGCAUCUCACGCUGAAGAUGUCGUCAUUAUGUUGCUAUGUUACAUGAAAAAGUAUACCGUAUGAAAUGAUGUACACUUUCCUAUGUAAUAGUUACAGCAGCUACAGUACAAAGUUACAAUGUCAUUUUAUGUACCAGUUUUGGAAAUGAUCUUCAUUUUUAACAUUUUCUUCACUCUUUUUUUUUCAGGCGUAAUUUAUUCCAUGUACAAAGACUACAUUGUGAAGCCAAGAGAAGAACUGAAGGCAUUGCAACAGCAGACUGCAUUUCAACACAAAUAA